UUCUCGCUCUUCCAAGAUGGCGGAUGCGCAGACAAAAAGCACGGGACCCGGGGAGCAGAUCAGUUAUGUAAAUAAAUGUCUCGCGAUUAGACUAGAACAGGGUUUCUGCCAUAGAAUAAACGCGCACUGUUCUAUUUUACAAAUAUAAUGGCUGAGUGUUUCAAUAGCUGGAUCAAGGCCGAUGGAAGUACUGAUUUCCCGCCCGAAGCCAACCGCUAUCAUCUCUACAUCGGAUAUUCGUGUCCCUUCGCCGCUCGCCCUUUUACCGUGUGGAAAUUGAAGGGUCUAGAGACAGUAAUCUCCAUAAACUUCACAGAUCCCUUCAAACUACCCAACGAGACAUGGAAAUUUAGCCCUGAAAAGGAUAGCUGCACUGCAGACGAAGUAAACGGUUUCUCGGGGCUUAAAGAAGUCUACCUGAAAGCCGAUCCAAAUUUCAAGGGUAAAAUCUCUGUGCCCCUUCUCUGGGAUAAAAAGACCGGUACGGCUGUGAAUAACGAUUCGGUAGAAAUAAUGCGGAUGUUGAACUCAGAGUUUAAUGCGUUCUGUCCCACUAAAGAACAGAGAAGCAUUGACCUCCGCCCGUCUGACCUACAGGAUAAGAUGGAGGAUAUUAAUGCCUGGGUCGGAAAAAUCAAUUUUGGAGUGUAUGUUGCUGGCCUAGCACCAAAUCAGCAGAGAUAUGAUGAGAAAGUUGAGGAGCUAUUCCAGUAUCUUGACAAGGCUGAAGAUAUAUUGUCCAGACAACGGUACUUGUUGGGGGAUAAGAUGACAGAGACUGACAUUCGCCUCUUCACAACACUUGUCCGCUUUGAUGUUGUUUACCAUGGCCUUUUUAAGUGCAACAAGAAGAGAAUUGCUGACUGUCCCAGUCUCCAAGGGUUCCUGUGUGACAUCUACCAGACAGGAGGAAUAGCUGAUACAGUCAACAUGAAUCACAUCAAGAUUGGAUACUGGGGUGGUUUUGUGAAUCUUAACCCAAGCGGCAUCCUCCCCAUUGGUCCAAUAGUGGACUUCAAUGCCCCACAUGACCGGGACACCAAGGCAUACUAGAAAAUAACAUCUGUUUCACAGGAGAUUUUAUCUACAGCUGGUCGGUUGUCUUACCAUCUUUUAGUGUGGGAUGCAAUAACAUGUAAGGUCAGGGAAAUAGUUCGUAGUAGAUCGUUUUAGCUAGAUCAUUUAAAUGAAUUCUCAAAACAGACUUGACAUUUAUGAGUAAGUUAAUUGAAAAUCUACAAGGUGUUGAAUGAGUAUCUGAUUAUCUGAUUAGCUUUCGAAUUCUUUCAGGGCCGCUUAACGAACAUCUGAAAACUCUGACGAAAAACAUAUGAUGUCCUCAUGUAA